UCAGACCUCAGGCUUUCCCUAUUCUUCUCUCUCUCCCAGCCCUGUCCUCAGCACUUCCCCUCUUGGCCUGGAGAGCUGUGGUCGCCUGACUAGUACAACCACACUACCGCCAUGACGUGUCCCCUGGAGAAGGCUCUGGAUGUGAUGGUGUCCACCUUUCACAAGUACUCGGGCAAGGAGGGUGACAAGUUCAAGCUCAACAAAUCAGAGCUAAAGGAGCUGCUGACCCGGGAGCUGCCCAGCUUCUUGGGGAAAAGGACAGAUGAAGCUGCAUUCCAGAAGCUGAUGAACAACCUGGACAGCAAUAAGGACAACGAGGUGGACUUCCAGGAGUACACUGUUUUCCUGUCCUGCAUCGCCAUGAUGUGCAACGAGUUCUUUGAAGGCUGCCCGGAUAAGCAGCCCCGGAAAAAGUGAAGGGGCCUCAGACGUGGUGGGUGGGGGCUGCCAGCUGGGGUCUCCCUUGUUGGUGGUGGGCACAGUGCCUCACCCUGCCUCCUCCAGACAUGCACACGAGGCUGAGCAAGCUCAAUAAAGAUUCUUAAAAGCUA